AUGACCUUCCCAACCGCGCAAGAAAUUGAAGUCGUGUUUCAUGACAAUGCGGUCGCUGCAGCGCAAGCAGCGGCGCAGUCAAGCGGGGCCCCCGGGAGCACUGCCGCCGAGGAUCGCGUGCUCCUCAAAUCAAUGUGUAUGGCAGCGCUCAUGACAGGGUUCCAGCGCCUGUCCAAUGAAGACACCUUGAUGGCGUUAGGACUUACGGACGCCAUGAGCCGGUUUUGGGAGGUCCUCGAUGGCCCAGAAGGAUCCGGGGCUGCUGCACUGGAGCGCUUGAGGGACACCGUCGUACUUAAAGACGUACCGAUGGAGCACGACGGAAUUCAAGGAGCGCCGGGUUUGCCCCAGAUGACCCGGCAGCAUGGAGGGGAUGGCGGGAACGUGCUCAUCCCGCCAGACAACGUCUCCCUCUCUGCAUUUCGCACAGAAAUGAGGGACGCGUUCGACGCUGAGACCACCCGAGUCGAGGCCGUCAACGAGUUGCUCGACGCGGAGAUCACGAGGGAGGAGAACAUGCAUAUGUUACUUGAACGGAGGCACAUCGGAGAGGAAGAGGACGGAAUCGCACACUACAUCAAUCAGCUGAACCUGCGACUACUGCCGCCGAUGGUCAUGCCGAUUCCGGACAGUCCACCCGGGCAGUACAAACAACUCGAAAACGGCGAAUACACGAAGGUGUUGAAUCCGGGGGAAAAGCUACAGUAUUUGGACGACAUCAUCGAAGCCCUGGUGGCGCAAUACGCGAUCAUGGACGAGUAUAUUUCGGCCGAAAUCGGGUUCUGGGAAUCAGUAUUGGAGGGCAGUGAGCGGGAGCAGCGUGACUGGUAUGCGCGGGAUGCCCUGCACCCGGUGAUGGAGGAUUCAGACUAUUUUGCCCGCGGAUUUACCGAGUACCGUGGGUUGGAAGACAUGCACGAAGGGUAA